CUAAUAUCACGUUGGGUCCCGUCGAAUUCAAAAACAGUUGGCACAAGCGGUUUUCUGGUGGUGAGUCGGUUUAUUUCACAAAGCGAAUACUCAACGACGCGAAACAUCCAACGCAGCAAUGGACGACUAUUUGAGAAUAGAGAAAAUUGGAGAAGGAACCUAUGGUGUGGUAUACAGGGGCAAACACAAGGCCACUGGUCAAAUUGUGGCUAUGAAGAAGAUCCGUCUGGAGAGUGAGGAAGAAGGGGUUCCCAGCACUGCAGUCCGAGAGGUCUCUUUGCUUCAGGAGCUGAAACAUCCAAAUGUUGUCAGACUGUUAGAUGUCCUGAUGCAGGAGUCUCGUCUCUAUCUCAUCUUUGAGUUCCUAUCCAUGGACCUCAAGAAAUACCUGGACUCCAUACCUUCUGGGCAGUACAUGGACCCGAUGUUAGUCAAGAGCUACCUCUACCAGAUCUUGGAGGGCAUAUAUUUUUGUCAUUGUCGACGAGUCCUCCAUAGAGACCUGAAGCCACAGAAUCUUUUGAUUGACAACAAGGGUGUUAUUAAACUGGCUGAUUUUGGACUGGCUCGAGCCUUUGGUGUUCCUGUCAGGGUCUAUACCCAUGAGGUUGUAACCCUUUGGUAUCGAGCUCCCGAGGUUCUUCUGGGUUCCCCUAGGUAUUCCACUCCUGUUGAUGUUUGGAGUGCCGGCACCAUAUUUGCUGAACUUGCCACCAAGAAGCCACUAUUCCAAGGAGACUCUGAAAUAGACCAGUUGUUUAGGAUCUUCAGGACGCUAGGAACACCAGAUAAUGAUGUUUGGCCCGAUGUAGAAAGCCUACCUGACUACAAAAGCACUUUUCCGAAAUGGAAGCCUGGCAACAUGGCCUCAAUGGUGAAAAACCUGGAUAAGAAUGGUCUCAACCUUCUGGCAAAAAUGUUGGCCUACAAUCCUCCCAAACGGAUUUCCACACGCGAGGCCAUGACUCAUCCUUAUUUUGAUGAUUUGGACAAAUCCACACUACCUGCAGCCAACAUCAACAAAAUCUAAUACCUGCCUGACUUUCAAAUGCAUGCAUAACCACAAUGAAUAUAUGUUCUGUAAAUACUUCUGUGUGUUAGUGCUAAACUCAAAACUUUUACAAGUAUUUGUCAGCAUUUCUUCUCCAAUAAAUCGAUGCCCGUUCUUUUCUCACCAUCAUCUAA